CCUAAAACGUCAGUGCUGUAAAUAGAAAUCUACCGGAGAGAAGAAUGUAAUUGUCACUCUGUAAUAAAUUGUACAUCCAAAAGGCGCUGGUCGUCUCAGUGCUUGCGCAGUAAUUCUGACAUUUUCGUGUGUUUUUGUGUAUCUUUACUAUAUUUUGGAGUCAGUCAAAUUAUAUCUUUUACUGAAUAGUGCGCAUUGUAUAUUUUCUUUAAGGAAAAAAUGGCCUUCCAAGCCGUUAAUAAUCCCGAUAUUCCAUAUGUGGGAGAAGUCGAGGAUGGUGUUUUCCCGGGAAAAAUGGUGAAAAUUCAAGGUAAAGCACCAUCGGAUGCUGUUCGUUUUGCCGUCAACUAUCAAUUAGGACCAAAUUUAAAUCCACGUGAUGAUAUUGCAAUUCAUGUGUCGCCACGUUUUAAUGAUGGUUUCAUGACGAGAAAUCAUAUCCAAUCGAUGAAUUGGGGCCAAGAGGAGAAUGAUGGUCCACUAUUGAUUCAACCUGGACAGGAGUUUGAAAUUAUUCUACUUUGUAAAUAUGAUUGUUUCAAAAUUGCCGUUAAUGGACGACAUUUUACUGAUUUCAUACAUAGAAUUCCAUUUAAUAAAAUCACACAUUUAACUGUUGACGGUGAUGUGGAAAUUUCUUCGAUAUUUUAUGAAACACUUCCUGAUCCACAACGUUCACAACGACCGACACAUCCCGUUUCACAUGAUCUUCCGCCUGUUGAUUUUGGUCCACCAAAACCUGGCAAUUUGUAUCCUAGUUUGGAUCCUCAGGGGCCAAAUGGAGCUCCACAUGGACCACCUCAUGGAUUUCCACCAGGUGGAUAUAAUCAACCUUCUCAAUAUGGUCCAGGUGGUAAUGAUUAUAAUUAUCAACCUGGAUAUCAACGGCAAGAACAAGAAGAAGAGGAUUCCGGCUUGGAUAAAAUGGGUUUGGCUCUUGGAGGCUUGAUCGCCGCUGGUGGUACAGCAGCAGCCAUUUAUGCAUACAAUAAAAAGAAGCAACGAGAAAGAGAGCAGGGUGAUGGUGAUGAUCAUGAGAAAGAGGAUGCUUCCAAAUCGCAAACGGAAGGAGGAUUAAAUUUAGGUUCACUGGGUGCAGCUUUAGCUAGUAGUUUAGCGGCAAAUGCUCUUCAAGGAGGAGGAGGAACUAGGCCACAAUCGGCUGGAUAUCCUCCUCAAGAAUCAGGAGGUUUAUUAGGCUCUCUUCUUGGUUCGCUAGGUGGAGGAGGACAUCAGCAACCAUCGUCUGAUCCUCUAGGUGGAUUGGGUUCACUAUUAAGCGGUGGAAAUCGUCAACCAUCCUCUGAUCCACUGGGUGGAUUAGGUUCACUUUUAGGUGGUAAUCAAUCGGGUCAUUCUGGCUCUGAUUCCAUGGGGGGAUUAGGCUCACUUUUGGGCAAUUUUAUGGGAGGUGGUGGACAUCAACAACCUGCGUAUCAACCAUCUGGAGGCUACGGUGGAAAUUAUCCCCAAUCACAAGGCUCUCAGGGUUCUGAUCUUUUAUCAAAUUUGGGAUCAUCUCUACUUAGUUCAGCCUUUGAUGGUUUAAGCAAACGCAAGGACAAUCCUCAUUCACCUCAUCAAGAUGAUCAUCCCUCGUAUGCUCCACCAGCAGCUCCACCAUCAUCCCAAAAUUCUGGAAGACAUCAUGAUUCCGGACCUCCACGUUCACCAAGUCCUCCAGCUCCCGGUGGUGGUAAAUUAUCCGCCGCUGAAAUUUCUCGAGGACUUGGUCUUGGGGACGAUGAAGAUUAAAAACGAAUUGCAUAUAAUGAACCUAAAGAUUCAGUUUUUUUUUUAUUUUUUACACGCAUUUUUGACGCAAAAAAGAGAAUCUCAUCUUAUUCCUUGUAUGUAGGAAGAAUUUUAUUGAUCUUGAAAAAGAAUUGAUAUUUAUUAAAUUAAAAUUUUUAAGAAAAUUAAGUAGUAAUAGACAACAAAUUUUACAAGCUACUUUAAAUAUGUGUUACUUUGUUAUAUAAAUGCUUUUUACACAAAUACGAAAAAUAGAAAAUACAAUUUUAGAUAAAUGCAAAUAUAUAGAAAGAUUUACGGGUGAAAAAAUAUUAUUUUUUUACACGCGUUUAAAAAAUGCUGCGAUUUAAAAAAAAAAAGAAAUCAAUGCACUAUACUAAUGUUGAUUAUUAUAUGUAAAACACGAUGGCUUUGAAAAAAACGAAUAAAUAAAUUAAUGAAUGUUAAAUUUAUCAGUCAA